AAACGGGGAGGUGGCUCUGAGGGGGGAGGUGACUUCGUGACAGAACCCGAUGUGGGUAGUGACGGCUGGGGACCAGAAGGCUGGUGGGAUGAGGCAGUUGUCGAUGAAAACUUCAACCCUCGGGGCUACAGAGCUGCCAACUGGCCCUUCGUGAACGGCCGGUGCCCCUCGCGCUCCGAACUCAGCGGACAGACGCCCUGUGACUUCGAGUGCAGGGAAGACUACCACUGCCCAGAGAUGAAGCUUUGUUGCUCUAACGACUGUGGCCGAGUGUGCGUUAUUCCCGACACCAGUGGCCCCACACGUUGCGGUUGCUCUGUCACCUUCUUCACUGACCUUAACGAGUAUUAUUCCUCACCCUCGGACAUCGCCAAGGUCUCCCACUUUGUGUGGAAUGUCCUCCAGGGAAGCCUGUCCCCGGCACUGGAGCCCCACCUCUUCUUCGGUUCCCUCGAGAAUCGGGACUGGCUCGGGGCUGAUGUGCAGGAUGACUGUUUGUUGGAAUUAAAAAUACAAAAUAUACAGUUCAAUUAUCCUUCGUACGACCCCUUCUCGAUGGACAAGAAAAUUUUGUUGGCCAUCAUCACGGAUGCAAAUUCUACCUUCAUGCAAAGUUAUGUGGAUUACUUCCCCGAAAUCUUCGAUCAUUUUAUUGCCAUUAAUAUCGGGGACGUGGAUCAAGCGGGGAAGCUGGCCGCCGCAGCCAAUCACCUCAUUGAAGUGAUCAGUCUGGACGAUCUGACGCGGAUCGUCCAGGAGGCCCGAUACGACAUCGGCGAACUCUGCACCUGUGAUGGUUUAACGGACACUUCCUGUCUGGAGGCCGGAGACUCGUGCGAAGGGGACUGUGAUCGAUUCGCCUUUAUCUGCGACGAAGGAGUCUGCCAACGUCUUGAACCUGAUCCAGUUCCGACGACUUACAAGAGUUAUUUUGGCGAUAAUUAUGAUGAUGAUUACUAUUACUACGAAUAUUAUGAAUACUAUGAUGAUGAUUAUUACUACGAUUACGUGAGGGCGGGACAGCCAGGUGGGAAACCCGGGCCAGGUGCCAAGCCAGCGCGUCACAGGAACGGGUCUCUGGCCCAGGAAGGCGACCGAAUAUUCCCUGUAAUAAUAGAGAAGAACAGCACCCAGAAAGGACAGCCGGAUGAGAGCAGCAAUAAGAAAACUGUUGUUACAUCAACGCCUUGUACUAAACGUCCGUAUCCGGAAUGUGAUGGAUAUUUAUCCUUGAAAGAUAAGGAGGACUGCGAGAAGCACAAGGCGAAGAAAAAUUGUCCCGAACCAGAAGCUGGCAAAACAAACAAAAAAUUGGCAGUUCUUGACGAAGGGCCGAAAAGGUACCUUUAUCGCACAUUAGACUACACAGGGCACUGCAAAGCGGGACUGUUCAGGUGUUCUGGAAUCCCGAAUAUCUGCCUGUAUGGAGAACUUCUCUGUAACGGGGAAAGCAACUGCAUAUUCGGCGAAGACGAGGACGAAGAUUUUUGUUCAAAACGCGAGUGCUUGGUCACAGAAUUUAGGUGUGAUUCAGGUCAGUGCAUAAACAAGCAUCAGGAAUGUGACGGCAAGACGGACUGCUGGGACGGAACCGACGAGCACUGUGCAAGCGACUCCGACUGCUCGACACCGCGCACUCACUACUGCGGAGGCGCCUGCAUUAACCCAUUGUUCAUGUGUGACAACAUUUUAGAUUGUCCUAAUGGUGAGGAUGAGAGGGACUGCAAUUGCACAGGGUUCAAAUGUAACUCAGGCGAAUGCAUUGGUGAAUAUCAAUUGUGCAAUGGGAAAGGGGACUGCAACGAUCAGUCAGAUGAAUCCAGUGAGACGUGUUCAGGUUUUGUCUGCCAAGAAGGUCACUCCAAAUGCGACAGUGGUGCAUGCAUUCCAGACUACCAGGUUUGUGACUGCAAUCGCGAUUGUACUGAUGGUUCUGAUGAAAGGAAUUGCCUAACUACCCCCGUAUCUUACAAGUGGAGGUGUCAGAGUGGUCAGUGUAUUUACCGAUCAUUUGUCUGCGAUGGUGAUAAUGAUUGUGAUGAUAUGUCUGAUGAAAGGAAUUGUACAGAGAAUGCAUAUUGUUCUGGAUUCCCUUGCGAUUCAGGUCAUUGUGUAAGCAGCUAUGAUAGUUGCGAUAUGCGUGCAGACUGUCCAGAUGGAUCUGAUGAAUACAACUGUGCAAAUAAUACAUGUCCCUCAUACAAAUUUCGGUGUGGCACGGGCCACUGUAUUUACUCCUCCGACGUAUGCAACGGUCGGGAAGAAUGCCCAGACGGUAGUGAUGAGGCAGGCUGUGAUAAUUCUGAGGACUGUAAUACUUACCUUUGUACAACAGGAGAAUGUGUUUCUGAUUAUCAACUUUGUGAUGGAACUUAUAACUGUCAGGACCGCAAGGAUGAAAGUGUCUGCAAAGAAGUGACAUGCCCAUCCCAUCGUUCUUAUAAGUGUGACUCUGGUGAAUGUAUUUAUACAUCAUCUUAUCGUAAUCCUAGGUGUGAUGGGGAUAAGGACUGUCGAGAUGGCAGCGACGAGAUGAACUGUGAAGAUGUUCUCUGUCCAGCAAAUGAGCCUUUCCGAUGUGGGUCAGGAGAAUGUAUUUACGAUUCCUGGGUCUGUGAUCAUUACCGUGACUGCAUGGAUGGAAGCGACGAGAGAGGCUGCGACUGUUGGUACAACCAAAUAAGUUGUGAUUCUGGUCGCUGUAUCUCGGCCAAUUCUCAAUGCAAUGGCAUAAGAGACUGUUUGAGUGGCAAUGACGAGAAUGAGUGUGACAACUUCACUUGUCCAUAUAAUCGCCCAUUCAAGUGUGGGUCGGAUGUUUGCCUGUCUGACUCUAUCUUUUGCAAUGAAGAGGCCGAUUGCCCUGGUGAUGUGCACGAAGUGUGUCUAAGUAGAGAGUGUGAGGAGUAUGAAUACCAGUGUGCUUCUGGCGAAUGUGUUUCAGGAAAUAGGUGUGAUGGUUACAUAGAUUGUAGAGAUAGAAGCGAUGAAGCCAACUGCGAAGAUUUCGUGUGCCCUGAAGAGCGACCUUUCAAGUGUGGCUCAGGUGAGUGCAUCCAGCAGUUUCACAUUUGUAAUGGUUAUCCAAGAUGCAAAGAUGCAAGUGAUGAAACAUUCUGCAGCAAUGAAACUUGUCCCCCUGAGCGUAAAUUCUAUUGCACGUCCGGUGAAUGCAUUUCCUCGCGUGAUGUCUGCGAUAGAUAUGAAGACUGCAGAGAUGGCAGUGAUGAGGUAGCAGGCUGUGAGAUCUUCUGUCCAGAUAAUUUCAACAUAUGUAAUGAUAACAAAUGCUUCCCACCAAACUGGAUUUGUGAUGGACACGAAGACUGCCCCAAUGGAGAAGAUGAAAAAGACUGUGAUAACUUUGAGAGGCAAUGUGAUCUUCAUCAGUUCAGGUGUACAUAUAAUGAUAUGUGCAUACCCUCUGAAGCUGUGUGCGACGGCUUCUACGACUGCUCUGACGGAGAGGAUGAGCAGAACUGUAUCACUUCUACCACAGUUGCCGCCCCCUGAGUCAUUCAUUUAUAAAGAAAUUAAAGGGAGAGUAGUUAAAUUGGUGAAAUAAACUGAUCUUGAUAAAGCAUAACUAGAUAAAAGGCAACUGCAAAAAUGUGUAUUCAACAUUAAUUCAAUUUUUUUUUCAACUGAAAGUGCAUAACUCCUACAGAUUCCUGAAAAAUGAUCAUUGAUCUUCUUGUGGCUGAUUAGAGAAUGUUAAAUUGACCAGGUAAACAACCAUUUGUGUAAACAUUCUAAGCUAAAAGAGGUUGAGAGAUACCCGAAACACCAUUUAAUAUACGAUGAUGGUUAUAAAUAUGAAUUUAAAUGAUAACUAGUUUUCCUUCGUGUGUUUGUUUUAUGGGGAAUGAGGCUUAAAAGAGACCCUUCUGUCUUAAUAAUGACAAUAUAUUGUGAUUGUUCCUAAUCAUAUUGCACUAUGUGAUAAAAAAUUAAAACGCACCUGAAAGUUAGCUUAUGCCAUAUGCUUAAUUAUUUUCCUUGAAUAAAGAUGGCUCAGAA